UUUUUUUAAUUUUUGUUUCGAGUGUGGUGUGUUUUUUUUUGGUUGAAUUUUCGAGAGCUGGUCGUUGGAAAAUUGGGGAUUUGAAUGAUUGAAUGGGGUGAUAUGCAUUCAUUUGAAUGAUUUAAAUAUUUAAUUAAAAAUUUCUAUUCGCAAAUGAAUGGUUAUUCAACUUGUAUCAAUAAUCAUAAAUUCGGCUGAAUAAUUAAUUAUUGCAACUUCAAUAUUACAACUUCUCAUUAGUUCAGAUCGUUCAUAGCCACUUAUUCUUCGCUUACAUUAAUAAUUUAAAAUUUAUUCAUUCAUUACUUUUUUUUCAAGACCUUAUUGUGAAUAACAAGCAAGUUACCAGCAGAAAAUGAGAAGUUCGCCCGCAGAGUGUCUCUAAGGAAGUUUGAUACUCCACAACUUGAUAAUGUGCUCGCUGGCAUUUACUCUGCGAAAAAAAACUGAGUUUUUUUAAUGUAAAAUUUAUAACAGCAUGAACCAUGCGCAAGUGAAAUGUGGACGUUAUAACGUGAGAUGGUGUGCCAGUAAGGAUUGUUUCUUGUACGCACAACAUGAUUAAAUUAAAACAAAGUGAAUAUAGACAAUUUUUAGAUGACGUUUGAUGUAGUUUCGAUAGCCGGAUCAUCAUCGAAAGUAUCAUAAGGUCGGGUUCAAUCUGCGAGAUGAUCUACAUCUGGACGGCGACGACGACUACUACUACACUGCCAGCGACCAAAAGGUCAAAGAAAUCAACGGCUUCCACUCGUUCCUCGUAGGUUGCACAGGAGCAGCAACAGGGGACACACAGCGCACUGCAGCCAGAAGAAGUCGAGGUUCGGAGAAAGCCGGCGCCGAUCUGCACUCGCAGCAGCACUGACGAUGUGCCGGCGCUCGGUCCGUGCGACGGGGCUCGUAGCGGCUGGCGCGACGCGGCCGCGUCAGCAGCUCACCCCCGCACCGGGAUCAUGAUAGAUCAUAAGCCGCAGAUUCUGCUGGCGCCGGCGCUGAGCAACAGCAGCUGCUGGCACAGCUUGCCGGCCGGCGGCGGCCUCGAGCCGCGCUGGCAGACACCCGGCAUCGGUGAGCUACUUCGUGCCGCCGUUGUUCUCGCUCUCAGCCUCGGUAUCCUCGGAGCCAAUCUACUCGUCAUCUGCGUCAUCAAUAGUCGCCGCUAUCACAAGUACAUUCACGCGCAGCCAAGGUACCUGCUGACGAGCCUGGCAAGCAACGACCUCGCGAUCGGACUGCUGGUGACGCCGUUCGGCUUCGUGCCCGCCAUCUACAGCUGCUGGCCCUACGGCGAGAUGGUCUGUCAGAUCCAGGCGCUGCUGAGGGGAGCCCUGACACAGCAGAGCGCCGUCAUACUCGUCUGCAUGGCGAUCGACCGCUACAUGUGUAUGCUGCACCCGCACCGCUAUCACAAGCAGUCCACGAAAAAGUAUUACAUGCGGCAAGGCUGCGUAGCGAUAAUGUCGACAACUUGGAUAGCGAGCGUUGCGAUUUUUGGCAGUCUGGUGCUGCCCAAAGGCGGCUACUACUUUAACGACACCGGCCUUCUCGCCUGCGAACCAUUUUUUUCCAAGGCUUCACUCAGGAUCCUGGCGUGCUGCUGCUUCUAUUUCCCAACGACGAUGGCCCUGAUGUACUUCUACGGCUCGGCCUUUCACGUGAACAAACUCCGCCUCAAGAGGGUAGUUUGCGUCAACACGCCGGAAGUUGUCAGUGCCGGCCACAUCGAGCGGCUGGUGUCGCACGAGCGCCGGUUGUCAACGGCGGCAUCUCGCACAAUGGCAGCGAUGAGCCUCGGCUUCAUCGUCAUGGUCACGCCCUGGACGAUCCAGGAAGUAGUCGCGGCCUGCACAGGCAGCAAGCCACCGGCGUUCCUCGAUUUCAUCGCCACCUGGCUCUCACUGUCCAACAGCUUCUGGAACCCCUUCCUCUACUGGCUCCUCAACAAUCAUUUCCGACGGAUAUCGCGGGAGCUCCUCUACACCAAGCUUCUAUGCAGGCCUAAGCCAAUGGGACCGAAGCAGCAUUGCUGCGCCACUAGCACCGCCGGCCUUGACGUCUGCAGUAUUGGUGGAUUAGAUUUAUCAGGACUGGAGCGCUACUCGAUGGAGCGUUGCUCACUCGCGCGUUGCUCAACGCUCUCGUUAGCGACUACGCCACCUCUACCGUGGGAGAUGACACCUGGUGGCGUGUUGAUCACGUGAGGAAGGGACGCCGCCACGCAGACGGACGAGCUCGCCGAGUACUCGCCGACACCGGCUGAGGACGAGGAGGUCAGUUAGUACAGCGUGGCGGCGUCAGAAGUAGCCUCGAGGACGCGCCGCAGCAACAGCAACGAGGAUCUCAUAAUGUCGGCCAUCGUCGGGCCCGCGAUGAGACGCAGGCGCAGAAGACGCAGGAGGAGGACAGGUGGCGCUGCUGGGCACGCUACCUCUUUCAGGGCGGUAUGGCUCUCGCACGACCUUAGAGUCGUUCUGUUGGUAUGGGGACACGCCGAUACCCUGGCGUUUCUUCUGGUCAGAAACAGCGCCGCCUACGCCUGCGUUUUUACAAUGGGACGCACGGGCGCGGUCGCGACGAUGGAACGCUUCUCUUGAACUGUCUCUUGAUUGCUCUUGGUUCCGCGAUGUAUAAUGAGGUUUUUCAGUUUUUUUUUAGGGGUGACUUGGACCUUUGGUCACUAUUUUGGAUUGUCUAAAGAACAAAUUCUUGUAUGAUUGAAAUUUAUUGUUGUUAAGUUGAUGAACUUUAUGGUAAUGCGAUUCAAGUUUAGUGACUGAAGGAUUCGAAACAAAUCUGGCUAAUGCGGCUUUAAGUCAAGGCAAGAAAACGUAUUUAGCUGCAACAGGGACUAACCAUUGUACAAGACUAUUAAUCUUUGAAAUAUUUAAAAAAUAUAUAUAUAUAUAUAAAUUAGAACAUGUAUCAAACUUUACAGAAAUAUUUAGUUACUCUUGUACAAGAGACUUCAGACAUACAUAAUCAAAAGGAAGAAUAGAGUUGUUGCAACUGAAUACGUGUCCUUGCAUUGAUUUGAUUGAAAAACAAAAUUUUUCACUUCACUCGAUUCAAAUUUAUUGCAAAACUGCAGACACGCGGUACUAAAAUUUCUGUAAAAAUACUUAACCGAAAUAUUUUAUUAGUCAUAUCCGUAAUUUAAAUAUAUAUUAUAUCGUAAUAAUCAUGAUAUUUUUCUAUUUGCGUAAUGAAGUAUCUCUUAAUUAUAUUCAAUGAAUUAUCGCAUAAUAUCGCUAACUAUAUUUACUUAUUAUCAAUGAAUUAUGUUGAAAGUCUAACGUAUUUGGUAUAUCGUGUAAAGACGAAGCCAUGUGUUCUACCGCCACACUUCCUUCGAAUUAAUGUCGAACAUUAAUAUUGUUAAAUUAACGGUAAAAAAAAUAAAACAAAGGUGACAAUGAUUUAACGAUAAAAAUAUAGCCGAUAACGGUAUAACUUACUAAUACACGAUGACAGUAAUCGUAAAACGCUGGGCGCGAUGUACUUAUAUUACACAGUCGAAAGAAAAAGAAUAAAAAAUACGGACCUAGUUCAAUAAAAAAAAAAUGUGAUGAUACUCGCCGUAUAAAAGACAAUUAAAAGCGGUUUUAGUUCGGGGGGAUCAAACGAAAAAUAAAAAUAAAAUACACACCGAGUGCUCUGAAUCGUAUAAAAGCAAUAUGCACUCGCAUACACGAGGGUGUGUGUUAUGCGCGAAGGUUGAUACCAAACGCAAAGGUCACGUCUCAAUUAGGCGUUUAUAUACGCGGGCUAACGAAGCAAUCGACGUAAUUGUUGUUAAACGCGAAACGGUCGGGGUUUUGUGCCGAGAAACCGACUACUGCGCGACUUUUGGGACAACUAUAGGAGUAUCCGUCGCUGUAAGCGGAGGAACUGCAUAGCUCGGGGCUCGAUUUUUGGCCCUAUGUUUGAUGCACUGAUUGUACACUGAAAAAAACACAGCCAUUUUAACUGAACUCGCACCAGUAAUCCGUCAUUGUACGAAGACUCGCCAAGAUUACCGUAGAGUUCAGCAGUUUUAAAGAAUCAGUUAGGUCGUUUUUGCUGGUGUCCCGCGUAAACGACCAGUUUUACGAGUCGUGACUCGCCAAAACUACCAGUGGCACACCGUUGUUCUUACUGAACAGUCGUUACGGUGGCAGAACGGUUAAAACUACCGGACUUUACAGCAGAAACGACUGUGUUUUUUUUCAGUAUAGUGUGAAAUUUGUGGUUUUUUCGAAAAGAUUAUUUCAGGAAGCACAAAAUUGGGAUUUUUUAUUUUGAGUAUAUAAUUGCUCAUUUCACAGAAAAAGAAGUGCGAAUCCAACUUGAAAAGUCAGAGUAAACAGUAACAAUAAUUAUUAUAAUGCAUAUAUUGUACGAUCGCAAGAUUAUUUUGUUGAGAAUUGUGCACGUGUAAAUAACUGUAAGUCCACCGAUUCGUCACUGCCCCUUUGAUAUGGCCUGUCCCGUAAUAAAGAAGAAUAAUAUAUAAAAUAAAAUAAAAGUCGUCGCCGAUUUUGCCAUUUAAAAGAAAACGAAUAAAAAAAAGAAUGUCUAUAGUGAAUUACAUGAGUAUAAACCAAUUACUACAUCUAAUCAAGCACAAAUGUUGUGUGGGAGGGAUGAUCUUUUUGUAAUGGAAGAAAAAGCCAACACAAUGAAGAGAAUUAAACAUAAAUCGCAAAGUGCGAUGAUUACAUAUAACAUUUAGGUAUAUGAAAUUAAGUGAAGCACAAUUGAUUAUAAAGUAAAGAAGAGAAAAAAAAGAAAAAUAUGUAGGUGACAUGAACUAACUAAGUAAAGUAUGAACUAUAUAUGAUUUCAUUAUAUACAUAUAUACAUAGUAAUGAAUUGAUUAUUAAGUAAGAACUUUUAGUAUACAUACGUUGAUAUGUAAUAACGCCUUAUACCACGAGAAAACAUUUUCAAAGACAGGAUAGACGUUCAACUUUAAAAUUCAAUCACUUAAAUAUAGAUAAUAUAUAAAUAUACAGUACCACAAUAAUACUAUGUAAUAGGUGAAUAAAAAAAUAAUCAUCCGAGUGAUCGAGUUAAAUUUCAAAGUUCAAAGUCUAUCGUAGUCUUAUACGUAUAUAAAAGAUAUGAAGAAGAACACAAGAGGCGCUCGCCGAAAUCUACUCGCUGUUACAGAAAUGGAAAUAAUUUUAUUGUAAAUAAAUUCUAUAUAUAUCUUAUAGUCGAUGACCGUUCAGUUGUGACACGACAAAAAAAAUGGAUAUCAACCAAAGUAUGUUUAUUUAACGACGCAUUUGUAAGCAUAAAACUAUGUUUGAUGUAUCAUAUAUUAAAUUACUCAUAACAAUCAAAUA